AUUUGAAUCGUUUGUUACCUAGCGGCAGUUUCCAAGCUGGGUUUCUACAUCCGGGUCAACAGAUAAAGAUGGCGGCCCACACUGGGAAAUCAACCGGCAUGAGUGAUAUGUUGCAGUUUAUGAAGCUUAUCGGACAGCUAAAAAGGGUCCCACGGACCGGCUGGGUGUACAGAAAGGUGAAGAAUCCUGAGAGCGUGUCAGACCACAUGUACAGGAUGGCUAUGAUGUCUCUGACCAUCACUGACCCUACAGUAGACAGAGACAGGUGCAUAAAACUUGCACUUGUACAUGAUAUGGCGGAGUGCAUUGUGGGAGAUAUCGCACCGUCGGACAACAUCAGUAAAGCAGAGAAACACAGGAGAGAAGAGGAAGCAAUGAGACAUCUGACAAAUCUGCUGCCGGAGGGUCUCAAACAGGAGAUUUACGUGCUGUGGGAGGAAUACGAGUCCCAGAGUAGUCCAGAGGCCAGGCUGGUGAAACAGUUUGACCUCCUGGAGAUGAUCAUGCAGGCUCAUGAGUACGAAGAGCUGGAGGGAACGCCAGGAAGACUCCAGGAGUUCUUCGACUCCACUACAGGUCGCUUCGACCACCCGGAUGUCCUCCAGCUGCUCGGCUCUCUAAACGAACAAAGAGGAAGGAGCGCCAAGGAGCAGAAGAACUCACAGACUGACGGCUCAGAAUCUGAACACUAACACACAAAGUCACACUAGUCCUGACUGUGGGCAAGAAGGAAAAAAAAAUACUAAUUUAUCCUCAUGGACGGAGAAAGCAGCCUGGAGCACACCCUGCAUGUACAAGCAGAACCAAACAUCCAGUCAGAGCGCAAAAUCCUGCUCCACCCUGUUCAGACUGGCUGAUGAUGAAACAGAUUUCUGGUUUAACAUAAACUGGUUUUAUUUAUUUCAUCUAUCUAUCUACCUAUCUAUACACACACAUCCAAACAAACAAAUAUCCAUUGUCUUACAUGCUUAUCUGUGGUUUAGAAAACUCUCCAAAGCAAAAUUUCCUACAUCCACCGUGUUUAUUGGUAAGUUUUAAAUACUGUAACAUUGUACACAUUAUCAGGUAAAAUCCAACAAAAGUUAUCUAUAAAAAAAAAAAAAGUAAAUGUUGCAGCACCA